GCCUCGCGGUGACCCGGCCGCCGCGGCCGGUCGGACGCUGCGGCACCCGGGACGGCGCGCGCGCUACGGAGGGCCGGAGGGGCCGAGGCAUGAGCGCGGCGCUGGCGGUUGCCUGGCAACGGCUGGUGGGCGCGGCGCGGGGGGGCUGUAACGCUGCCUUGCGCCAUGGCGUACACACCGGUGCCUGGAGACUGCAGGAGCUUACGGAGAAGGUUGCCGCUAAGGAGCCGGAGAGCCAAAGCUUGACUGACCUUGGCCCUUUAAUCCUGCAAAGGAACUCCAUGAGAUGGGAUGGAAAGACAUACGAAGAGAUCCCAAUAGCUCACAUCAAAGCUACAUACAACAACACCCACAUCCAAGUUGUCAGCUUUGACAAUAGGCCGUUUGCCCGUACAUCCUGUGGCACAGAAGGCUUCCAGAACGCCAAGAAGGGAACUGCCAUCGCAGCACAGACCGCAGGCAUAGCAGCAGCAGUGAAAGCACGUGGGAAAGGUGUAUUGCAUGUACGAGUCAUGGUGAAAGGACUGGGACCAGGACGCAAAGCUGCCAUCAAGGGUUUGACUAUGGGAGGUUUGGAAGUUAUCUCCAUCACGGACAGCACCCCAGUUCCACACAAUGGCUGUCGUCCCCGGAAAGCCAGGCGAAUGUGAAAGAGAAGUGGAAGAGAUGCAGCUGCAUUCACUCUUAGCUGGUGCAACAUGGACUGGGUGACUAGGUUGACGGUUGCUCUUGUGACAGAUCCUGGAAAGCCAUCUUCCAUAGAAGUGUUUGCUGAGAGAAACUUGGAGGAGAGAGACCUCGGCCUGGUGGUAGAAGCACGGAUACGUUUACUUUCUUAAUGGGAACCCUCUUGUGUACAAAACCUGUUGAUUAAAAUGUUGAUCUUUUGACAGCCA